AUGGCCUUUCAGCAUGUUCGGCCAGAGCGACAGGUGAGGGCGGUGAGGGGAGCGGUCUGGUGCUUUGGGAUUGCUGGAGACUGUUGGGUGAGUCAAACCACCAAGAUCCUUGACCUUGGGACAAAGGAAGCUCGGAAUGACGACGGGCUACAAGAUCUUCGUGAUGCCUUGGAGAGGGCGGAGGAAGCCGUGAGUGCCUCCUCCUCGGACACGGAGGAAGAGCGCGAGCGGAAGGAGGAGCGUGCAUGGCUGCGAAGGGAAAGGUUUAAGCUCCAUGUGUGCAGCGCCAUGAGUGGUGAGCCUCUGGCACAAGUUCGCUUGAAGCCCAGCGAUUCAGUCUUACAGCUUUGCGAAGCAGUGGUGAAAGAGAUGGGCGAGACGAACACCGUGGUGUCGCAUUCGCUGAUCUUCAAGUCGGAGGUGGGUCUUCGGGACGGCGACACCGUGUACUUUGCACGAACUCCGGUCGGUUUGUGGGACUUCCACGAGACGUGCGAGGAGGAGCCCCAGUUGCGCCUGAGCGGCUUGGAAGCGGAUCAGCCGACGGAAGAAGCGGGGUACCUCCGACGGAAGCGGCGAGGACCGGGCGGGGCCUUGAAGAGCGCGCAGAUCUCCUCGUCGACGCUACUGGCCAUUUCCACCGAGGAUGGCGGAAGUGGAAAGCUCUUCUGUACGGAAACGGGAAAGUUCCUUGCGAAACUCCAAGGCGGAUGUGCCUCAGCUUCUUUUUCGCCAAAUGGCACCAGCUUAGUUGGCAUCGACGCAGAUGGAGUGACCCAGCGAUAUUCAGUGAUGAGCUUUGCUCAUUUCUCACCUUGCGGGAAGCUGGUGGUGACCGCUGCCGGCUACUGCACUCAAAUUUGGGACACCACAGGCAACUUGCGAUUUACUCUUCACGGUCAUCAAGGGGCCGUGCGAUCUUCCUCCUUCUCAGCGGACAGUCGGUUCCUUUUGACGGCUUCUUCGGAUGACACGGGCCGCAUCUGGAGCUGCCAGACCGGGAAAUGCCUGAGAGUCCUUGUGGGUCACCAGGGCGCGCUGAACGGAUGCAGCUUUUCGCCCGAUGGGCUUCGGGCCAUGACGUCGUCGAGGGACGGCACCGUGAAGCUCUGGGAGUUCGACGAGGGUAGAUUUCGUCCUGCUUGCAUGUGCAUGUUUCAGGAGUGUGCACUGAGUCUUGAAGGAGAAGGAGGAGUGGUGAGCUCAGCCUGUUUCUCUCCGGAGGGAUCUAGGCUUCUGAUCGCCUGCGCAUCAGACACCGUGAAUUUGAUCCAUUUGGCCACCGGUCAGCUGCAGUUGUCCUUAAAAGGCAAGCACACCGACUGGGUGAGAGCGGCCAGCUUCUCUCCUGAUGGUUUGUUGAUUGCCACCGCCUCGUAUGACGGAUCUGCCGGGAUUUGGUCUCCUGGCAGACGAGAGCGAGUCCGAAGACGGUCUCUUUGGGCAAGCGCAUGUUCUGGCUUUGGGGUGGGCGAAAGGCAGGCGAAACGGAUGGGUCGGUGA